GCCCUAAAUCCAAUCCCCACGGGCAGCUUUAAACCGGCGCUCAUUCUCGUCGCAAAAGCUUCAGCCGCCGGAUGGCCCAAGCUUUUCGGCGCUGCUUCUAUAUAGCGUCUGCUUCAUACGGCCGUGCUACCAAUCCCUUGCUCUUUGCCGGCCACGGUCUUCGAUACCGGAAUCGGAAGCUUGAGGUCAUCCUGACCACGGCGAUCGACAAGCUGGGGAAGGCUGGAGAGACGGUGAAGGUGGCGCCUGGGCAUUUCCGCAACCAUCUCAUGCCCAAAAUGCUGGCCGUCCCCAACAUACCCAAAUUCGCAUUUCUGAUUAGGGAGCAACGCAAGCUCUACCAACGUGAAGAGGAGGAACCAGUAAAAGAGUUGCCUAAAGAAGAAGAAGAUACUAGCCAGGAAAACAAACUAAAAGAGUUUGAAAUGGCUGCAAAACGGCUUAAUAAUGCUCGAUUGAGUUUGAGACGACACAUCAUGAUUGAUAGCGAACUACGCGAACCCGUGACUAAAGAAGAGAUUGUGGCUGAGGUGGCUCGGCAGCUUUGUGUAAACAUCCAUCCUGAUAAUAUUCACUUACCUUCCCCCCUUUCUUCACUUGGCGAAUACGAGGUUGUUCUUCGGCUACCUCGGGAGAUUCCUCGCCCGGAGGGAUUGUUACAAUGGACUUUACAUGUGAAGAUUAGACGAAAAUGAGUGAACUCAGGUUGGUUCUCUAGGAUGAUUCCUUUUUGUCAUGUGCAAAUACUGAAGGUGCAUUCCACAUUGCUGUAAUUUUUUUUAAAGAAAUUGUAAGAUAUCAAUGUCUUUGUUGGGUUUGAAUGCUCACUC